AUGCAACAACUAUUGAAACUUGUGGAUGAUAACAGUUAUGCUUCCAGGUACCGAAUACGCGGGGAUGGAGUAACCGUUAGAGAUAUAUUUUUGAAUUAUCCUGAUUCCAUCAAGUUGUUUAACACGUUUCCUAUUGUGCUCAUCAUUGAUUCAAUAUACAAGACCAACAAAUACAUACUUCCAUUAUUAGAGAUGGUUGGUGUUACCUCUAUUAAGAAGACCUAUUCUGUCGGGAAGAUGUGCGAGAAAUAUCCAAAUUUGUUGAAAUAUGUUGAAAACACAAUUCUGGACCAGGUGAAGGAGAAAAUCAUUUGUGCAUGGACCGGUCAGGUUAGACACCUUGGGAAUACAACAACAAACCGAGUUGAGUCUGCCCAUGUUACACUGAAGAAUUGGUUGGGAAAUAGUAAGGGCGAUAUGUGUAGAGAUGGAGACUAUAUGAACCAAAUGAUCCAGAACCAACAUAAUGUGAUACAUACAUCAUUUGGUCGGAGCAUCACAGUUUUGGAACACAAAUAUAAAGACAACAACCUUUAUUCUCAAUUGGUCGGCAACAUAUCUCGAGCAUGUUUGAAUUAUAUUUUUCACGAAGCUAAACGAGUUGAUAAUGUAGGCUCCAAUAGUGUAAAGUGUGGUUGCACAAUUGUGAAAACCUAUGGUCUUCCAUGUGCUUGUCUUAUAGCAAAGAAGGUGAGACUUGGUAGCUCGUUAAGAAUGUAUGAAGUUUAUAGUCACUGGAAAAGGCUUAAGUUUGAUGAUGAUGGUGCCAUGAAAGACGGUAAAUCAAAUAUCUCUAUAUUUACCUAA